AUGAUAUUUUUAAAAUCAAUCUGGACAUAUAUAGUUUUUAUUAAUGUUAUUAAAUCUAAAACUAAUAAUCAAUCAGAUGAAAGUAGACUUAUUCAAGAACAAAUUAUAAAUGAUUAUAAAAAUACUAAAGAAACAAUAAAAACUUUAAAUAAAAUUGAAAACAAAAUUUUUCAGGAAACAAAUAGUAAUAGUUUGUUAAUAGCUGAAAACACAAUUGUUCAAAAUAACAAAAAAAAUGAUACAACUUUUGAAUUUGAAGAUGCUAUGGAAAAUUCUGAAUUAUAUGAAGGUGAUAUUAUGCUUACCAGUAGUCAAUCAAAACAUAUUAUUGAUGUUGCUGAAUCAAUUGCAGCAAAAAAAAAUGUUGAUGUUUCCAAAAUAAUAAAACAUGACAAUAAUAGAAAUAAAAGAAAGAUUACAACAUUAAGAAGACAUAAAUGGACAUUUCCUAUAAAAUAUUAUGUAGAUGAUUUUGUUUCUGAAAGUUUGGUUGACAAAGGAAUAAAAAUAAUUGAAGAGGAAACAUGUGUAAAAUUUACCAAAAGUAAUGGUCCAAUACAUGGUGAACCAGGAUUAAUUUAUUAUUAUGGAAAAGGUUGUUGGAGUUAUGUUGGAAAAGAAAAUGAUUAUCAUUUUCAAUCUAUAAGCAUUGGUCGUGGAUGUCAAAAUGUAGGAGUUAUUCAACAUGAAACACUUCAUGCUUUAGGUUUAAAUCACGAACAUGAUCGUGUUGAUAGAGAUUCUUACAUAAAAAUAUUUAUGGAAAAUGUUGAUUAUUAUGAAAAAUAUAAUUUUUUUAAAAUAUCUCCACAAGAUACUUCAACAUAUGGUAUUCCUUAUGAUUAUGGUUCUAUAAUGCAUUAUGAUACAUAUGCUUUUAGCAAAAAUAAACAAAAAACAAUGGUUCCAAUAAUAUUAAUAUACGAAAAAACAAUUGGUACCAUUGAAAAAAUGUCUUUUGACGAUAUAAAAAUGGUAAAUUUACAUUAUUGUACUGGAGAAUGUUAUAAUUCAUUAACUUGUUAUAAUGGUGGAUAUCAGGAUCCUAAAAAUUGUCAAAAAUGUAGAUGUGUUGAUGGAUUUGCAGGCAAACAAUGUGAUGAAAUACCAUCACAUAAUUCAGAAUGUCCUUCAACAUGCUAUAAUGUCUCACCUAAACAGGAAUCAAUUGAAAUUUCAGGAAUGAAAAAUUGUAUUAUUCAUCUAAGAGCUAAUAAGGGUGAAAAAAUAAAUUUAAUAAUUGAAAAAGCAUAUUUUGAUUAUAAAAAAAAUGUUUGUAUUUCUAAAAAUUCUUUAGAAAUCAAGUAUUUUGAAGAUAAAACAACUACUGGGGCACGAUUUUGUGGUUAUGAUACUAAUAUUCAAAUUAUAUCAAAAAAUCAUCAUAUCGUUGUAAUGUAUUCAAGUAUUGGAAUUAAUAAUAAUAUUAAAAUAACAUUUAAAAAAUAUUAA